AUUCAAUCCAACACUCACAUUCUCAAUUCUAUAACCAAAUUUCAUUCCUCUCUCAAUUACAACAAACCAAACCAAAAAAACAAACAAACAAUAAACACAAACAUUUUCUCUAUUUCAACUCUAAACAAUUUUGAAAACAAAAUCAUCCAAGAAACAAUCUUUUUCAUUUCUUGAUCAUACCAAACUCAACAAAAUGGAGAAUUUAUUUCGCCUAGCGGAUCACGAAGACUUUUUUUCACGCCGUUGCAUUUGGGUCAAUGGACCUGUGAUCAUAGGCGCAGGUCCAUCUGGCCUAGCAACAGCUGCAUGUCUUCGAGAACAAGGAGUACCCUUCGUUGUUCUCGAAAGAGCUGAUUGUAUAGCAUCACUAUGGCAAAGAAGAACAUAUGAUAGAUUAAAACUUCAUCUCCCAAAACAAUUCUGUCAACUACCUAACCUUCCAUUCCCUGAUGAUUUCCCUGAAUACCCUUCAAAGAAACAGUUCAUAAACUACCUUGAAACUUAUGCUAACAAAUUCGAAAUCAACCCGCAAUUCAACGAGUGUGUUCAAUCUGCUAAAUAUGAUGAAACAAGUGGAUUGUGGAGAGUUAAAACCAAUGAAGUUGAGUAUAUUUGUAGGUGGUUAGUUGUUGCUACCGGCGAAAAUGCUGAGCGUGUUACUCCCGAAAUUGAAGGACUUUCUGAAUUCAAAGGUGAAGUUGUUCAUGCUUGUGAUUACAAGUCAGGGGAAAAUUUCACAGGAAAGAAAGUUCUUGUUGUUGGAUGUGGAAAUUCUGGAAUGGAACUCUCACUUGAUCUUAGCAAUCAUCAUGCUUUACCUUCAAUGGUUUGUCGCAGCUCGGUUCAUGUCUUACCAAGAGAAAUAUUUGGAAUAUCAACUUUUGAAUUAGCAGUUAUGAUGCUAAAAUGGUUACCACUUUGGAUUGUUGACAAGCUUCUUUUGAUCUUGACAUGGUUUAUUUUGGGUGAUAUGGAAAAAUAUGGUAUCAAAAGACCUUCAAUGGGUCCUUUACAGUUGAAGAACACAGAAGGAAAAACACCAGUUUUGAAUAUUGGUACUCUGGAGAAAAUUAGAUCCGGCGAUAUAAACGUUGUUCCUGGAAUCAAAAGGUUUAAUAAUAAUGAAGUUGAACUUGUUAAUGGUGAAAAGCUUGAUAUUGAUGCAGUUGUUCUUGCUACUGGUUACCGCAGCAAUGUCCCUUCUUGGCUUCAGGAAGGUGAAUUUUUCUCAAAGAAUGGAUACCCAAAAAUGCCAUUUCCACAUGGAUGGAAAGGAAAUUCAGGGCUUUAUGCAGUAGGGUUUACAAAGAGAGGGCUUUCUGGUGUUUCAUCUGAUGCUGUUAAAAUUGCACAAGAUAUUGGAAAAGUUUGGAAACAUGAGACAAAACAAAAGAAGCAACGCAACACUGCUUGUCAUAGACGUUGCAUUUCACAAUUCUAAAGGAUUUGACAUAAAAAUUAUGCUUCUUUUUUAGUCUCAGGAAUUUUUUGUUGUAUAAACAAAAGAAAAAAUAACAAUAUCUUGUAAAAAAAAAAUACAUAUACUAUACAAAAAAAAAAAAACAGAAACAGAUAUAGCACACAGAAAAACAUAGCCCUCUCCUAAGACCCAAGUUUUUAUGUGGUUGGUUGAUGAGGCUUUUUAAUUUCAUUCUUUUAAUUUUCUAAGACAUUCUAAUGUAUUUCAUUUGGUUGAUUUAUACAUGUAACACAGUAUACUCCAUAGUUCUUCGGUGAUUAAUAAAAUAAAGUUCAAUGUUGAA